AGAGCUCUGACCGAAAAGAUAGUGCGAGUCCUGCAGACCAUGUCGUGUCCGCAUAAGAUAGAGCCCCAUCAGAUCCAGGGCAUGGAUUGUAUUCAUAUAUUCCCCGUCAUCCAAUGGUUGGUUAAGAAGUCCAUUGAGACGAGACAACAGAUGAGUGAAUACCUGAAGAGUUACGCGAACUGGCAGUUCAAUCGGUGCCACACUGUCCACACAGACACAGACCAAUCGUCCACAAUUACAUCACCCGAUGAUGUAAGGCAUCCCAAACGCAAAUACAGACACCCGGCACGACAUAAACUGGUUGACCCUAAUGUUAGAGUGCGGACCACACUUCUUGAGUACGGAUACUUUGACACCAAAAGUACUGGUGAUAGCACUUCCAGCGCUCCCAAGACUAGUGAACCAAAUAGUGAGCAAAAGGACUCGGAUUCGCGAUUAAACGAUUCGCUAAUGAAUUCAAUGCAAACGGAAUCCAACAAAAUAUCGGCCGCUUUUGUGGGCGCUAUA